AUGGACAAUGUAAAUAAAUUGAUGAAAGGCGAGAUGGUUGAAGGAAUUGAAGGAAUGGACUCUGUGAUAGACAAUGAAAGUGAAGGAUGUAGUAUGGGUAAACAUCAUCAAGCAAAGUAUCCAUGUGGAGUGGUGAAGCGUGCAACUGAACCUUUAGAGUUGGUUCAUAGUGAUGUGUGUGGACGUCAGUUAAUUCCAUUGGCGGCUCUAGAUAAUUUGUCACAUUUUUUUGAUGAUUACACAAGAAAACGUAUGUUUACUUUAUCAAGCAUAAAGAUGAAGUGUUGGCGAAAUUUAAAGAAUUUGUUAACUUGGUAACAAACCUCACUGGUGAGAGUGUUAAAACGUGUUAUGUACAGACACAUUCCCUAAACAAAUGUAGGUUGUUAUUUCUUUAAGGGAUGUAGUUGGACGAUUUCUCAGAUAUACUGCGAUACACUCUGAUAUACAGUGUUGAUGUCUUCAGCCCAGAAUUCAACUGGCGUCUUCCCAUGUGACAUAGUCCUUGCCGAUUCUACUAAUGUGCGAUUCAUCCAUUCCAACACACCGUUCUGUGCUGGAUUGUGGGGAACAGCCAACUGAUGUACAAUACCUUUUCUCUUUAAGGAACCAUUUAGCUACCAAUGAGUUGUGGUUUCAGCCCCUACAGCUUUUAAUGAGCCCUUUGUAAUAUUUGUGAGCAGUCAUACAAUAAAAUCAUGCUCGGAAGAGACUUUAAUAAAUGUUCUUUCAAAACCCCAAAUUUGAGCAAAUUUGAUUAAAAAUUGGGUUACUUUUGGUGUUUUUUUCCCCACUGAAUUUAGCAGAAUAAAUUGCAACAUUGCAUCUGGUAGUACCAAGUACACAUUAGAUCACAUUAUCUCACUUUUGGAGAACGAAAACGAUCCAGAUAUCACUGAAAUAAGUGGUGGUGGUAGUAGUGACAGUGAUGGAAGUAUUCUGCCAAAAAAAUGUUCUGCUGAAAUUAUUGGGCAAAGCGAAGAACCCUGCUUCAGAGAGUCACCCAACGAACAUUUCAAUAAUAUG